AUGAAACCAACUCGAUGUGUUGAACUUGCAGCAUCGAUUAUUGGACAACUACGACAAGAUAAUGCUGUUCCUCCAAAACAGAUCGGCGAUGAUUUCAAAAUCAAAGAUCAAUCAGGUCAAACGGUUUUUCAAGCUCGAUCAAAACAUCCCAUAUUUGGCGAUAAAUUCAUUCUUGAAGACAUAAACGGACGGCCACUGAUCCAAAUUCGAGGAGAACCUUUUUUCCACAAUAACUUCGAAAUUUUUGCCUAUACUUCUGAUGGUUCCAAAGAACUUCUUGCGACGAUUAAUAGAACAUCCGUCUGGAAACAUAAUUUCAUUAUUCAAACGACCUAUGGUCAAUAUGAACUGAAACAAGAUGGUCUACUCGCUCUUUCAUAUCUUCUAACGAAAAACAGAGGUCAAGAUACUGUGGCAACUAUUCAACGACAUGGUCUUUCGCUGAUGGAUACAUUUACAGUAGGAAUUAUAGAGAAUGAACAAGAAAAUCAUGCAUUUAUUUUGUCCAUGAUCAUUGCUUUGCAUUGCACAUCUCAUGAUUAG